CUGCCGGGAUGGGGAUGGGGGAAAUCAGGUUGGUUUGUUGGCGAUGAUAACUGGGCGACUCCGAUGUUCGACCCUGUCUCAUUCUCAGUAAGAGGAAUUCCGCCACCGCAACGGAAAUCUCAGUUUCCUUCUUCACCUUGAUCGAUGGAUGCCACGACGUCAGUGCUCCUCAGUUCGCACUCCAGCUCACUUGGUUUUAGUUUACGAAGCAAUUCAGCUGCAGGAAACAGAAAUGUCUCAUUGGGGCAUUUCAACAAACACAUGGCGUCUCAGAAGUCUAGCACAAGCUCUGGCUUUCGUCGCGACUCGAAGCCGCUCGGUUCCCCGCUGCGUUCUUCAUUUUCAGUAAAGCAGUGGGUGCCUUUGCUGAAAAUAACGAGGACCCAUUUGGUUUCUCCUGCCAAAUGCUCGUACUCCGGCUAUACAAGUCCCGACUCUUCGCUGGCCCAACCACUGCUCGGACCCUACAAGGACUUGUCCUUCGAGAAUUUGAAGAGAGCAGUCUUUGAAGUAAGCCCUGUUCGAGCUGUUAAGUGGUUUGUUAUCUUGGCCGCUCUGAUUUCUGCCGCUAAAUGGACUUCGAAUGUGCUGUUCAGUCCCUUCUUUUGGUCCUUCUUUAGCAUGACUUGGAUGUUCUGGCCAUGGAUGGUGGCUGUUUCGUUAGCGGGUUACGGAUUAUACUGCUUCUAUAGGCAUGCCAAGGGCGAAGCCAGCAUUCUCCAGCAGCUGGCCAUUGUUACUAGCGUCUUCACCUGGCUCACUCUUGUGCCUCCUGCCCAUUUUAAUGGUUUCCUUGAGGGUUGGCCCAUCGUAUUCUUCCUUGUGUACCACUACUUCUUUUUCUUCAACGUGAGUGUUAGGAAACGUCUGUAUGGAGAUUAUUACGGUCGCCCACAUCACCCAAAGUGGGAUGUGAACCCUCCUAAUUGGUCUCGGGCUUUGUUCUGCGUUGGAGUCAUGAUUGGUCAUUGGCUUGCAGCUUUCGAAGGGCCAGAACUGCAUCUUGUUCCCGGUGGGUGGAGCAAUGUAUGGAUUUGGAUACUCAUAGUUGUGACUUCACUGAUGCAGUACAACUCAACCUUUUACCUUGCCAAGUACUCCGAGAAGGUGGUGGUUCCAACUGCUGUUGUGCAAUUCGGGCCAUAUAGAUGGGUCAGGCAUCCUAUGUACUCGUCUACGAUGCUUCUAUUUGCAGCUUAUUUUGUUGCCCUGCGUGCUCCUUUGAGCUUGGUGUUCAUUGUAGCAGUAUCUUUGACGUAUUAUGAGAAGAAGGCUAAAAUGGAGGAGGCUCUUAUGAUUGAGAAUUUUGGGGAGAGUUAUCUGCAGUACAUGAAUAAAGUUCGGUACAAGUUCAUUCCUUUUGUUUUCUAGAGCAAUCAGGAUGUAUGUGGAAGCUAAUUGUGAUACUGUAUCAGUUAUGCAAAUCAAUAGGCAAGUGUUUGUUUGAGAUUGAAUGUUGUGCCAAUUCUUAAUAUCUAGCCUCAAUGUUGACGACUCAUUCUUAUUUCAAGUUUGUCAGAGCACGUUCUGCUCCAUCUGACUGUCCCUUCUGCUCAAUCCAUAUUCGCUGUGCGAUUGUUGCACGAAUUUUAUGUGUUGCAUUCAAUUGGUUUUAGUUUACAAAAGCUCAGCUUAGCACUGGGUAUGGUUGAUCAUUACCUUCUCACUUGGGCUGCUAUGAAGUAUUUCAGAACUUAGUAUGCUACUUCAGUUGUUCAGGUUAAAGUGACAUGGUGGUCAGAUGUGUACUUUGGACUGCAAUUAAGUACAAUGCAGUCCACCUCUAAAGCAUUCACAUAUUAACAGUAUUAUCGUGUGGAAGUUCUAUGAUGGGAAUCUGGUUGGACCUGUAGAAAGAGCAACCAACUUUCUGCUUCUGAAACUUUUGGUGUUGAAAAGUUUGAUGAGAAGAAUUCACUGUGCCCUUGAUCUCAAAGUUCAAGCUCUCUUGAGAAGGUAUGCGCUGCUUGGUGACUAUCACGAAAACGAUUAUGACAGUCGUCGAUAGGUCUGUUGAUGGGCAUCUUAGAGAGCACUUGAGUUCAUAUGGUAUGUGCACAAGGUUCCACUUUUGGCCUUGUGAGUUACUGUGUCUUCUUGCGUGCUUUUCAAGAUUCCCUCAGUUGCUUCCUUAAAGUGCUCCCCAUCUCUCUUUAAUGCACAAUUAGUCUUUGUUUGUUCAUAUAAUGUGGAGGCAGGGUCACUGCCUCCCUUCAAUCGACGGCAUUGGCCGCCAACCUUCUCUCUCUAGUCUCUCCCCGUCUCGCUCUCUCCACAAGAAUGGUUUAACUUUGGAAACAACCAUAUUCUUUCUGUAGGUUUCCUUCCUGCGAAAAAUUCGUUAGUGGCGGUCUCACCAGGACAUCGACUUUCCACGGCCAGAACAACUGGAUUUCAGGGUCGUGGACGACACAGAUGGCCUAUCACUGUCACUCAAGGAGCCAGAUGCUCCGCCGCGCAUACCUUUUGGUCCCCAGCCUUGGCCUCUUUUCCCUUCUCCUUUCCUUUCUCUUUUCUCUGAAGAGAGAACUCACUUCCCUUUUAUCCCUUCACAUUCUGUGGGGCUUGGAUUUUGGCCACUUCAUUGAUGGCCUCCAUUCCGAAUCUUUCCAAUUCGUGAAGAGUAUUCCAGUUGCUUUACAAUUGUCCCUUCAUGUUCUCCGAUUUUCCAAUUUUCGUCGGGUGCUGCUGAAAGGAGGGAUUUUGAAUUAGUGGCAGAGUUUCCACUAGUGCUAUAGCUUUUUCUGGGUAUGUGGCUGUAGCUUUAGGAUGACUCAAUGUGUUUCUUGAACUAGGUCCUCCGCUAUCUGUUUGUAGAAAUGCCGCAAUUCUAGAAUCGAGCAAGAAUAUGAGUUAUGCUUUCCAUGCUUAUUGCUGGAUCUCAAUCCCUCGCUGCCAAAACUCGGAAAAUAAGCUUAUCAAUAGGUUAAUGGAUUUUCUUCAAACAUCAUCCAUGACCAUCUUUUGCAGGUGGCGUUCUGUUUGGUUUGCUGCAGCAGAGUGUUCUACACCGUCAGAUCGAGAAGUAGGGUACCUUACUUUGCGUGGUUUGGCAAGGGUAUCUUACAAACCUUAUGACUGGAAUUUGGGUGACAUUUAGGUUUCUUCAAAUUCCACUUUUGUCAUUUUUGAGGUGGCCUCUGUUUUCUUGGCUGACUUAAUUGGGUUGCGGUAGAGUUCCUGUCAAGUUGCGGCUGAUCCCCUGAUCUUGUCAAAAGUUUCCACCAUCAGACAACUUAUGAGGUAAUGAGUAAGUUGAUUCAACAUUGCUACAAUUAAUGCAUAAGUUUGAAUCAAUUGAAAGAUGGAAGCGGGUACUAGCUCUGUUGUACACAUUUAAAGUUGAAGAAUAAAGAACUAAGAAAGGA